AUGACCGAGAAAGGGACUACGAGUGUGACUCAACAACCGGUCGUGACUUUGGUCACGACUCAAGGCACUAUCGGCCAGGACCGGGUACAGGUAGAUGAUGAUCGCGACGAUGACCUAGGCUACUGCGAUGGGGAUUCAUAUGCGCCAAACGAUCACGAAGAGCAAGAGCGGAUGGACCUGGGACAUCACAUUUAUCGCCUGCUCUUGAACGGAGAGCUCUUUCUCGCCCCUAUUAGCAGCAACCCCCAAAGGGUCCUUGACCUGGGCACCGGCACCGGCAUUUGGGCAAUGGACUUUGCUGACCAGUAUCCCUCUGCAGAAGUCCUAGGCACGGACCUAAGUCCUAUUCAGCCAAAGUGGACUCCCCCGAACUGCGCCUUUGAAGUGGAUGACUUUGAGGAGGAGUGGAUGUUCCGUAAAAAGUUUGACUACAUUCACGCCCGCGAACUGGAGGGCUGCGUUAGCAACCCCGACCAGCUCUUCCGUCGCGCUUAUGAGCACCUGGCUCCAGGCGGGUGGUUUGAGAUGCAGGCCGUUUGCUCUAGUCUUCGCUCCGACGACGGCACGGGUGACAGCGCGGAAAGUGCACAGAUGUGGAUGAAAUCUAUUUGCGACGGCGCGAGAAAGUUUGGUAAACCUCUUGACUCGGCUCCGGAGUGGAAAGAGAAAAUGAAGGUGGCUGGGUUCAUCGAUGUCCAGCAAGAUAUUCGCAAGGAAAUCGGCAAAUUUCAGUAUAUCCAAGAACAGCAGGCAAUUGACUCAUACACACCGGGAAUCUUUUCUAGUGUUCUUGGCUGGAAGGAUGAGGAAAUCAAGGUGCUUAUUACCAAAGUGAAGAAGGACAUCAAGAACCCAGAGUACCAUCUCUAUAUUCCCGUCUAUUUUAUUUGGGGCCGGAAACCGUAA